CCGCUUCCGGUAUAUGCCGGAUACAUACGGUGUAUGUAUGUACAAUACACAUACAUAGCCGUCAUCAUCGUCUCGUUCAACAGCGUCGUUCAAUUUUUCUCGACGCGACUCCGACCCUCCGGCUUUGCCGAUCCACUGCCGUUUCGCGUAUCGACGAAUUCGUCCCGGACGCCAGGAUUCCCGUUGCCAAUCAUCCGCGGUGCCUCUAAUCUGACACCGGAAGUGCCCGGUUCACCGUCCGGCGUCAACCUCGACGUGCGUCCUCGUUCACUGUCAGACGGGGAAAAUGGCGACCGCCGUACCAUCACGUUUCGCUGUCCUCAGCAUCGAGGACGACGAUUACAAGCCGAAGAAGACGCAGAAGAACGCGACAACGAGCAAGACGAACAACGCGAAGAACAAGAACGAUAAGCCGAAGCAGCAACAGCAGCAGCAACAACAGCAGCAACAACAGCAGUCCAACAAGAAAAAGCAGAAUAAAGGAAAGAAAAAGAAAACGAACAAUGAUGAUCAGCAGUGGGAGCAGUGGAAGCAAAAAGACACGAUGGCCGUCGAGGAGACAUUCGAACAGGAAAUGCACCAAGCCAUUCUGCUGUCGAAACUGGCAUAUGAAGAGCAGCUGGUGAGUGCAGCAAAGACAGAGAAGGAACAGGAGCACAAAAAAUCUGGUAAGAAGUCGAAGAAGGCAACUAUGUCUCUGGAGGAGUUCAAUAGCAUGGGAGUGAGCACAGCACCAGCAGUGGUAAUACCAAAUGAACUUGUAGACAAUAAAGCGAAAGACGUAGAUGCUGAAUUCUUCAACAGGGUGGAGAAGGAAACGAAGGAGGAAAUAACAAAAGGGAAGGAGAAGGAUAUGCUAAAGGCCAGAAUAAAUAAGAUCGACAACGACAUAACGUCCGUGCAGCUGAGAGUGGAGAUCGAGAAACGCGACGAGACUAUUGGCCAGCUGAAAUCCGAGGUGCACGGGCUGAAGGAGGAGUUGGCGCAGGUUAAGGAGAGAAAUAAAAAGCUCUAUCAAAUAUUGUCGCACGGCGAGAUGAAAGACAAAGCGUCGGUGCUAGCCGAAGUAGCGAAGCUACAAGAGAUACGGGAUGAACUGACGUCCGAGGUAACCUCGUUGCACGCCCAAUUGGAGCAAGAGAGGUCCAAAACGCGUACAUCCAGCACAGAUGUGAAGACGUCCAAACAGACUAACAAGAAGAGGCCGGCCAGCGAAAAUGCCUAAUUCGCUCUUACGCGAAAAGCCGUACCAUUGUGAUCCACUAGUUUUAAUUGAUACGUACUGAUUAAGUAGUGGUUUUUUUUUCGAAGAGAAGAAUAGUGCAUUAUGUUUAUAGUACGCUAGACGUUACGUUUCGCGAGAGGAAAUCGUGUCAGUCUCUAAGAAAUCGUCACAAUCUCUACAACAUAUUUUGUAUCUGCUUAUGAAGCAUAAGUUUAAGAUACGUGGUACACGAGAGAGUUUUUAUUAGCUUAGCUAUUCUACGAAUGCGUACCGUGAAAGUAAGAUUGAAGCCUACGCGCGUUGGUAGCUUCCCACUUCUGUUCCCAUUUCGAAAGACUGCAAAGUGCGCUUUAUAUUGUCCUAAUUUCUUUUUUAAGAGAAGUCGCAUAUUUUUUUAUUAUUCGGCAGUAGUAAAACAAUUCCCGACAAAACUAUAUUGGUUGAAGGCUCUUUCUAUAAGAGGAUAAGAGUUUCACGAUGUAUUUCAUCUCCUUCCAAAAACUGCGUACACACAUCCGUGCGAAUAUAAAAAAAUAUAUAUAUAUACAUAUAAAUAUUAUUUGAAAUAUUUUGUAAUAAACAUUCUACACAAUA